GCGACCGGAGAGGCUGCUCGUAGUUCAGGUUCUGAAGGAGCCCAGAAGAGUCCAGACAGCAGCAGCGGUGCAGGUGAAAGCAAGGACGCGUCAGAUUUCUCGGAACAGGGAGAUCCGGUGCAGCAUGAACUGCUUUUAGACUGAAACUCUCUGAAUGAACAGACCAUGAUGCCAUCGAGUUGCUUGAGCGUGUGAGCAUGUAGCUGCAGUAUGUCGACCAGCACCGAACGGCCGUUGCGAUGCCCGACCUGCGGUGAGGCAUGCGGGUUUGGAGACCACUUAUCAAGCGUCCAUUCCUGCCAGAAACUCUGGCUGACCCCAAGACGGAGCUCUGAGGGGGGACUGCUGUCCUUGCAUGCCCAGGGAGCACUCACUGCAUCGGGGAGCAUCAGCCUGGAGCUCCUUGAUGCUUUGAGUCUGGCCUCCUCAGCGGCACGUCCACUCCGAAAGAUCCUGAUCCAGAGAGACUCGCCGUCUGUCCUCCCGUCUGAUCUCUCUCCGGUGCUGGCAGUCGCCAUGACCUCCAGGGCUGGAGAUACGGAGGCAGGCGUGGGACACGCUGUAGCCCAGCUGGGUGUGCCGUGGCUGGGCAGGCUUGCGUUGGAGGCACGGCUUCAGCAGUUGGCGCUGGAGGUGCAGGAGCGAGUGUCUCUUAAACUGGAGGCGCUGCAGGAGGAGGUGAAGAUGAGGAGUGUGGAGGUGAGGAGAGCGAGAAGAGAGAGCGAUAGAAUGGAUCGAGAGAGGAAUGAAGCGGAGCAGAGAGCAGCUGAAAUGGAGCGUCAGGUGGACAUCUCUGUGGAGAUGUUGGCGAGCCUCAGACACGAGCUGAGAGACAGAGAGGAACAACUCCAACGCAAACAACUGGAAGUGUGUGAGCUGGACAGGUUUGUGCGUGACACAGCGGUCAGAGAAGUGAGCGCAAAGAUUCGCCUCCAGAAUUUCAUCGAGGAUCUACUGGACCAAGCGGAGAGGGCGGAGACACAGCUGCAGAACAUCCACCUACACGAUGAUGUCACUUCCCCUCACAGACACCUGCUGGGAGCCAAAGCCACAGGCUACCAGAGGAGUUACAGUGUCUCUGGGAUGUCCAGGAAAUCAUCUCAGCUGUAUGAUCACAGAGCCGUUCAAGACUGCAGGUAUGAAGUUGGACGUCCGCGUACGCUGUCGGUGGGGUCAGGAGGUUGGGAGGGUCACUGGGUGGGAGGGCAGUAUCAUAUGAUUUAUGGAGGGGUCGCGGGUCAAGACAGCCGUUCUGACCCGCCCUGGUUGAUCCAACACACCUACAGAGAUGCAGAAUCAGAGAACUGCUCCCUUCACAGCGCAGAAUCACAGGACGACACACACCAGCAGACGGGCUACAGGACGUACAGCCACGCAGAUGAGGAUCUAUCAGGACUUCACUGGUGCAUGAACAGACCGAGUGAAUUGAGCAUGUGUUCAGAGCGUUUGAGAAUGAAAGCAGCGCUGUUCUGUGUCUUUAUUUACCUGGAUACACACGCUUUACUCACGGCUGCAGAGGUCUGUAAAGACUGGUGUAGUGUUGCACGUCAUCCCGCUGUUUGGACCAGAGUAACACUUGAGAACGCACACGUUUCAUCAAAGUUCUUACAGACUCUGUCUCAGUGGUGUUGUCAAACACAGUCUCUUGUUCUACACAACCUCAAAACUCGAUCUCGCAGCAAGAAUGAAAGUAAAGAUGAAUACUUAAGGAACACAAGAGGCUGUCUGGAGGAGGGGCUGGAGGCGGUGCUUAAGUCAGCAGGGCGGAGUCUCAUUGCUCUGAGCAUCUCUCAUUGCCCGAACAUUUUGACGGACAGGUCGCUGUGGCUUGUAAGCUGUCACUGUAGAGCGCUGCAGUCGCUGACGUACAGAAGUGCGUCAGAUCCAGUGGGACAGGAAGUGAUCUGGGCACUGGGGGCGGGAUGUAGAGACAUCACAACACUGCGCAUCGCUCCACUGCAGCCCUGUUUGCGGCCCAAUCACUUUAGUAACCGAUGCUUGCAGACGAUUGGUCGAUGCUGGCCGAACUUGUGUCGGGUGGGUGUGGGCGGGGCUAGGUGCAGAAUUCAGGGAUUGGCCUCUUUGGUGAGGAACUGUGUGAAUGUGUGUGUGUUGGAGUUGGAUCAUAUGAACGAGUUGAAUCAGGAAGGAGCGGCAGAACUCUGCAGAUACGGACUCCAGCAGCUACACACACUCACAUUCAUCUCUACACCUGUCACUGCUAAAGCCAUACUGCACUUUAAAAGUGUGUGUAUGAAUCUGAAGUGUAUAGUUGUGCAGGUGAGUAUCACUGAUUACUUCGAGGACGCUGACAAUGAAGAAGCCCAGAGAUUAUUUGAAGAAAUAGUCAACAAUCUACAGGCAUUGAGAAAGAGACCAGGCCUGUUUGAUGUUCUGCACAUCAAGGUGGACAAACCCUGAACAUCUGAUCAGUGUCUGAUUAUGACAAUCUGAUGCAUACACAAAUAUCCUCUCACACAUCAUUCUUACUGACGUACAGAUGCACAUAUUUAGCAUAACUAAACUUGCUCAGGUCCUUUUCUUUUUAUUGUUGGAGUAGUUUUAGACGUAUAGAUCAAAUAUCAGGUUAGUUGAAGUAGUAAUGUUGUCUGAAUUUAAACAUCCGUGUUCCUGUGCGUGAUCGGUGUGCAUGUUGUUGAGGUUACAUACAUGUUAUGUUUUCUGAAGAAUAUGUAAGUGGUUCUUGCCAAUGCAAAACUUGCUGCCAGAAGAAAGAAAAUAAGGAGAUAAAAAAAACGUCCUGAUAUGGGAUGGAGCUUCCAAAAACAUUUAAGACAAUCUAAACUGAUUGUAACUUUUCCAGGUCACAAAGACAUUUAAUCGUCCUACUGUAGAUACUUUAAAGCACAGUUGCUCAGAAGAGAUCUUGCACUUUGUUGUGUUUUAAUUCUGAACUGUCACAUAAACACUUAAAAAUGAAUCCAGUUCCAUAUCAUGGAUCUGCCACUCAAGGAAAAGUGUUGAGUGUUGCGUUUGUUAUGAAGAAGCACAAAUGAAACAUUUUACGGUGCCAGAUUUAUAAUGUGUGACAGUGUCUUUAAGAGAGCAGAUAUGUCUUAUGUUAAAAAUACAUCACAGUAUCUAUUCACAGUUUAUGAACUCGCCUGUACAGUAUUAGUAAAGUGAAAAUGAGUUAUACAAAGAAAGUUUGAACCCAAAUAUUUGGGAUAUCCAGGUCAAUAUUACCUCAUUAAUCAAAUACAUUUAUGAAUGGUGCAUUUUCAAAGUGUGAUGUACGGUGGCCCAGGAGUGCACAACACAGCAAAAUUAGCAAAGCAAAUAAAAGCUGAAAACACAACCAGUGUGUGGUAGUAACAGAUUACAUGUAAUCUGGAUUACAUAAUCAGAUUACAAAAAUCAAGUACUUUUAUUUGGAUUAAAUUACAUUUUAAAAUACUCGUAAUUGGACUACAGUUACUUUUUUAUAGAUGACCUGAUUACAUAUUAACAAGGCAACGGUGCUAAAUUGUUAAUAAUUUAUUGAUCAUUUUCAUAUCAGUAUCAUCAUAUUCUGACUACCACACCUGGAGUCGCGACGUUUGAAUCCAGGGUGUGUUGAGUGACUCCAGCCAGGUCUCCUAAGCAACCAAAUUGGUCCGGUUGCUAGGGAGGACAGAGUCACAUGGGGUAACCUCCUCGUGGUCGCUAUAAUGUGGUUCUCGCUCUCGGUGGGGUGCGUGGUGAGUUGUGCGUGGAUGCCGCGGAGAAUAGCGUGAAGCCUCCACACGUGCUACGUCUCCAUGGUAACGCGCUCAGCAAGCCACGUGAUAAGAUGCGCGGAUUGACGGUCUCAGACGUGGAGGCAACUGAGAUUCGUCCUCCGCCACCAGGACUGAAGCGAGUCACUACGCCACCACGAGGACUUAGAGCGCAUUGGGAAUUGGGCAUUCCAAACUGGGGAGGAAAAGAAAAAAAAAAUAAGUAGUAAGGGUUAAAAGUAAGUGUGUCAGAGAUUUGAGCUGUUAGUUUGACCCUGCAAAUUAAUUGCUGUUGAUUUCAGGUUUAUUACUGUUUGUUCAUGUAAUGAUUCUAUUAUUUUAUGCACUUAAAAUGAACUAGAUAUGGUUUAAAAAUAUAUAUAUAAUUUCUUACUACCUCACCAAUGGUGUGCAGCUCACACACUGAACUUAAUUGCUUCAAAGGAUCUAGUGGAUGCCAUCUCUAAGGGUCCUGCCCACAGGGUACACAGUAGUUCAGCUGUGUGUGAAGCAAUAUGGAAUAAAGCCCAUCGCUCUGCUGUUUCUGCUGAUGCACUGGAGUCCACUGCAUGAAACUUGACACAAUUAUUGCUUGUGUCACUCAGUGGAACUCUGCUGUUUUAAAAUAUUCUGCUCUUUUAGAAUAUAUUCUUGCUGUUCAAAAGACCUUGCACCUCAGCUUUGGAGUAGGUGAUGGACUAUCAGUAAGCAGUAAGGGUUAAAAGUGUUUCAGUGUGAAAGGUUUGACCUAGCAAUGCCACUGCUGUUGAUUUUAUGGUCAUUAAUGUUCGUAAUGCUGCUUUUGUUUUAUGCACUUAAAAUGAACUUGACGUCUCAGUGUUUUGAAUUAUCAACUUUGGCCAUGCACUGUCACUGCUAUUUGACUGAUUGCUUAUUUCAUUCAUGUAAUGUUUAAUGCACUUUUUAAAAAUGUCAUAAGGAGCUCUUUAUGUCAGUAAUAAAGAAUUUGUUAUUGCACUUUUAUGUUAAUAUGAUUGUCCUACUCAAAUGCAUGUGACAUAAAA